AUGAACACAAUUGAUAUUUUAGAAUAUGGACUUAAGGCUCUAGGUAUGGCUGUAUAAAAAUCAAGAAUGGAUGUAAGGAUGGGUGUUUCCAUAAUGAUAAAAAUUAUAUUUUUUGCAUUAUGGUUUUUAUAAAGUGGAGAUAGUAAAUAUAUGGGAGGGCACUUUGCCACAACAUUGAUAACAUGGGUUGUUUUCCAUGUGUAUAUUAUUUUUAUUGAACUAUCCUAUAUCGUUGAAGGUGCAAAUAUAAUAAAGAUGAGGAAGUAAUCUUACAAAAUUAUAGAUUCUGUAUAAUCAGGAAUUCUAAUAAUUUAUUUCAGUGUUUAAGUUUACCAAUAUUAAAUAUAAACAGCUUUUAAUAUGAUCACACUAAUUUCAUUGUUUAUUGAUAUUGCACUAAAUUUUGAUUAAUUAUUAAAAUUUAUAGAAAAAGAAAAGCUAUUUCUUCAAAAAUAAUAAUAUAAAAAAAGUCAAAUUUUAAUUUUAAAUUUCAAUUAUUAUUUUAGUUUAAAAUUAAAAAUAAAUAUUAAUUCUCAAUAGACAACUCAGAUGAUAAUGAAGAAGUUAUUGUAACAGGUGGAGAGAUUACAUUUUAUAUUUCAAUAAUGAUAGGAGGAGGAUUAGGUCUGUUUGUUGUAAUUAUAAUGCUUUCUGAGUUAUAAAAUAAACCUGAACUAGAAGCUUUUCCUUUUUAUGUAUGGUCUCUUUAUCUUUGUAUGAUUGGUGAAGGAAUUUUUAUUAUUUUUGUUAUGUAUUUCUUAAUCCCUCAGGCUAAAACACCUAGAACAGAUCAAAUUGACACUACUAAGAGUUUCUGUGGGUGUUCUCCAAGUAAACAUUUUCUGUGCCUUAUGUAUGGAAUAUGCAUAGGACUUUUUAGCUUAUAUUAUGCAUUUUUUUUAGGCAUUUAUGGAUUAUAUAAAUUCAUAUUUAAAGUGCUUGAGUGUAUUGGUUGGUUACAUAAAAAUUCAUAAUCACAAGUACAUCCAGCGAGAUGA